UUCUGAUUUAAGGAAAAAAUAUUAUUCGUGAAAAAAAUCAAAUAUCAGUGUUAAUUAAUUUAUGCUGUACAAUGUCUGGUUUAGAAGGAAGUUUAUUCAAAUGGAUAAAUAUGGUAAAAGGAUGGCAAACAAGAUGGUUUGUGCUGGAACCUGAAAUAAGCUUAUUAUCCUAUUAUACAAGUCGAGAAAAAAUGAUGAAAGGUGUACGAAGAGGUUGUGUCCGUUUAAGAGGUGCUAUAAUUGGAAUCGAUGACCAAGACGUAAAUACAUUUACAAUUACUGUUGAUCAUAAAACAUUUCACUUCCAAGCAAAAGAUGGUGAAGAACGUGAAAAAUGGGUUCGCCAUUUAGAGGAUGCAAUUGCUCGUAGUACGUAUAGAUAUCGUUCGGAUCAGGCACAAGUACUCGGUGGUGCUUCGAGUAGCCGCAACACUCAUCUUGUGAUGUUUGACAAGAAAGUCAGUGAAGCUGAUAUGUACUUGCAAAUGGUUAUCGAACAAAAAGAUAAAAUAGAGCAACGAAUUAAAGAAAUCGAGGACGAAGACGAACAAGGAAAAUACGAAAGUUUAAAAGAACAAAUUAACAAUAUGUUAGAUCAUAUAAAACACUCAAUUGUGCUUCUGCAAAUUGCUAAGAAUACAGCGAAUCCAAUAAAUGGAAUUUAUAACGGUCCCAUGAAGACGGAUCCAGAUGAUACAGCAAGUCCAGUUGUUGUGAGACAAAUCUCGAAACUGGUUGAUGAAAUUGGCUCUGAAUAUUUUGAAGCUUGCUCUAGUAGAUCGAGUGUUCAAGUGCCAGAGACUUCAUAUUCAAGCUCAGAAGGGGAAGAAGAUUUUUAUGAUGCCAAUGAUGAUCCAUUUUCUAGUCAAGUGACAACACCAACGAGCCAUAAUCGAACUAUAGUUGAACCGAUAUCGAGACUAUCUGACGACCCGUUUGUCACAGCGAAUGACAACACGAGCACAAAUACAAGUACACCAACGUCCUUAAAGAAACAAGAUAGCAUUGAAUCACCAAUAAAGGAUGUAGGACAUCGAAAAAGAAACUCAAAAUCCCUUCCGUUAAGAAAUGAUGGCUCGCUUGAUUAUGACGCAAUAUAUGAAGAUGAAUCUGAUAGCGACUUGUCGAUGGAAUCACAUGGAUCAGUAAUUACUCAUCUCUUAUCUCAAGUAAAAAUAGGAAUGGAUUUAACGAAAGUAGUAUUGCCAACAUUUAUCUUAGAAAGGCGUUCCCUACUCGAAAUGUAUGCCGACUAUUUUGCACAUCCAGAUUUAUUUAUUAAAAUUGCGGAACAUAAAGAUCCGCGCGAACGAAUGCUACAAGUUGUGAGAUGGUAUUUAUCAGCUUAUCAUGCAGGACGUAAAAGUGCUGUCGCCAAAAAACCUUACAAUCCAAUUAUUGGUGAAAUUUUCCGCUGUCAUUGGAACAUUCCUGAAUAUGAAAUUCAAGAUAAUACGAAUGUAGUUGACGAAGGUCCGAUUCCGUGGUGUAAAUCGGACCAAUUAACAUUUAUUGCAGAGCAAGUCUCACACCAUCCUCCAAUUUCUGCCUUUUAUGCCGAGCAUUACAGUAAAAAGAUUAGCUUUAGUGCUCAUGUCUGGACAAAAUCCAAAUUUUUGGGACUUUCGAUUGGAGUUCACAAUAUUGGGCAAGGAAUCGUAACUUUAUGUGAUUUAAAUGAAGAGUAUAUCCUUACUUUUCCAAACGGCUAUGGUCGUUCGAUACUCAGUGUUCCAUGGAUAGAAUUAGGAGGAAAUGUCACAAUAAAAUGUCCCAAAACGGGCUAUCAUGCUGAGAUAGAUUUCCUUACCAAGCCCUUCUAUGGUGGCAAACGAAAUAGAAUACAAGGUGAAGUUUAUUCUCCAAAUGAAAAGAAAUCCUUUUUAUCAAUUUAUGGUGAAUGGAGUGGCUUAAUGGAAGCCAAAUAUAAUGACGGUACUAAAACAAAGCCAGAAGUGUUUGUGGAUGUAAAUAGAAUACCAAUAUAUAAGAAGCAAGUACGCUCUGUAAAUGAGCAAGAUGAAAAUGAGAGCAGACGAAUUUGGAAGGAAGUGACUGCAGGGUUAAAAUCGAAUGAUAUAGAUCUAGCGACGGCAGCAAAAUUUAGAGUGGAACAGAAGCAACGAGAAGAGGCGAAAUUGAGGAAAGACGAGAAUGCGGCGUGGGCAAAUACUCAUUUCAAGAGCGCGGGCGAAGGAUGGAUAUACUUGAAUCCACUUUCUCAUAGACUGACCUUAGAACAGAGAUAGUGCAAUUAACCAUUACUUUCUGAUGAUUGUAAUAACGAGAUAUAAUUUCAUAUAAACGAAUAACACUUUCCUUUUCUUUGCUAUUAACUUUUAAUGUAUUAUUAAGUUAAAAGAUUUUACCACAAAAAAUGAUAAUAAUUGAUAUCAAUAGAAAAACUUCUACAAUGCUUACAAGCUUCGAAAGCAAAUUAUACAUAAAAAAUAUUAAUAUUUAAAUGGCACUAAUGUUAUCUUUUAAUUUAAUUAUUAAGUAUCGUAGUGAAUGCCUGCAUCUUCCUCUUUAAAAAGAAUACUAAUGAUAAUAUUGAUGAGAUAAUAGGAUAUUUUAAUGAUGUUAAUGAUUAAAACACGACUUUUCAACGUUUUUUUAAGCAAAACAAAAAAAAAAAUUAAGAAGUCUUACUCAAAAGAUCUUUCGGAAUUAAAUUAAUUAAAAAAAAACAUAUUUAAAAAAUCUAGCUUUCUUCCUCCAUUCCAAAAACAAGUUAUAGGAGUUGAUUAUAGUUCAUCUAUUUAAAAAAAUUAAAGUUAUGUAUAAAUUAUUCACAUAUCAAGUAAUUUGACAAAAAAAAAGGUUAUAAAAAAGCAACGCAAUAUCUUCGAUCCGAAAAGAGACCAAAGCACACACACUUGCAUUAUCUUUUUAAACGUUUGCGCCCUACUAAGUAUUUUUAAUGUUUUCAACUAAUGACAAGUUCUUUUGCACAAUAUGCCUCUAUGAUAUAAUAAUGAAAAGCAUUAUUAAUGCAUAAAAACUGACGGUUUAACAAGGAGAAUAAAAUUGUAUGUAUAAAGUAUAUUUUCUAAGAAAUUGUUGACAUCCUUAACUGAAAAAAAAUCCUAAAUUGAACCUAAUAAAAAAUUCUUAUUCUUUGAAAAAACGAUUAAACCUAGA